AGGAGACUUCAUGGUUUACAUAACCAAAAAUGCAAAUUUGUUAGCCACCAAAAUGUAUAACACAGUAAGGUACAAACAGAUUUAUAUCUGAAUCUAGCUAUAGACUUUACUCUUAAAUUAAGCCAUUUAAUAUUAUUUUUGGUUUCAUAGAAGAGCAAAUACAUUCAUGACAGCAUAAGAAAAGUGCUGAAAACAGUAUUUAAAACUUAAUAGAUUCACUUCACAUUUUUUUUAUCUGAAUAUAAAUAACAAUAUUUGUAACUUGAAGCAAUAAUUUGAAUUUAGAUAGUAGUGGUUUUCAGGCAAUGCUUUCUGUGCAAGACAGAGUUAAUGAUUGCUAAACUCUAGAAUGUGAUUUUAUGUUUUUUAUAUUUUAGUCAAUAUCCUGGGGAAUCUGCAAUUUUAAUUUAGCAAUCUUCAUUUAAAUGAUUCAUUGGAAUUUAUUAAUUUAAAUGUGAAAUUUUAACUAGUUUAUCUAUAUUAUUUAACUAUUUUAACUGUGUGAAAUUCGAAUGUACUGAAUACUGUAAAUUCCUUUUUAAAAUGACCAUUUUUUAUUCCAGAUAAUUUUGAUCUAUGAUUGCUGUUCUCAGAAAUUCUAAUCACUUUUAUAUAUGGUCUUCAAACGGGGUGGUCACUAUGAGAGUCUUCAUUGUAUUAUUGUUUUAUUUUUUAACUCUUAUUUUAAUUCUGAGUUUAUUAAUUUAUGAAUUAGAAUUUUGUGGUAGCUUCUGUAACACUUUAAAUGUGCUCGAUCACAUUUAAAAUUUUUCAAAAGCAAUAAGUCAAAUUACAUAUCUACCCGGUAGUUUUAACUGAUACUAUAAGCAACACAGAUUAUAAUUUGUUUGCAGUAAUUCUUCAAUGAGUAUUUAUAUAGUCAGCCUUUUACUGCAAUUGACCUGUGUCGAAUUAACACUGUUGAGUGAUUCAUGCUAUAAUUUUUUGUCAUAUGCAUUCUUGUUUGAUUUUCCAGUUUGUAGUUUUCUUUUAAUACAAUUUGUGAUACAUAAAUAAAUUACUUUAAUAUUAUUUAGUAGUUUCUGAGAAUUUGGUGUUUAUUUGCAUGUAAAGAUAAUCAAUAGUUUGAAAUAUGAACUAGGUGGUAAAGAAUGAGAUAUUAUUCAUAUCUUGUAUUAAUUACGUAUACCAUUUGUGUUUCUUAGGUGAAGAACCUAAAAGCUCAACAGCCUUGACUCCUGCUCAGAUUCAACGUAUGAAAAAUAAUCGUGAGAAAGCUUUACAGUUACGUAAAGCACGAAUUGCUAAUAUAGCUAAUGCUGAAAAGACAGUUUGUCAAAAGGAAGUGAAUGCUAUAUCCCGACCUCGAGAUACUGGGGCUGGUUUUUUUGCUGAAGAGGAUGAUACGGAUUUAUUGGCUGCUGAAGAGAGACCUAUUGUGAGUACUCCUGCUCCACUGUUUUCUGGGGACAGACCUAUAUGUAUUGAAUGCAAAGAGGAAUUUAAUGAUAGUUAUCUUCAAACACAUUUUGAUUUUCAAGUGUGUGAUGGUUGCAGAGAUAAUGAUGGUGCUCAUGCUCUUAUCAGCCGAACAGAUGCAAAGAAAGAAUAUCUUUUGAAAGACUGUGAUUUUGAUAAACGAGAACCUCCUUUAAAGUUUGUGCUCAGAAAAAAUCCACAUAAUAUGCAUGGAAGUAUGAAACUGUAUCUGAGAUUACAGGUUGAAAAUCGAGCAUUAGAGAUUUUUGGCACGGAAGAGACAAUAGAGGAAAUGAAAGAACAGAGAGAAGAAGCACAACUGAAAAGAAAGAAAAAAGCAUUUGAUAAGAAAAUCAAAGGUAUAGUUAUUUCCUGUGUGUAUUCUUGCAUAUGCAUACAUGAAAAUAAUAUAUCCAGAAAUUAAGAAUGUCCAAAUUAC